UCUAUCUAUCUAAAUGUGUUCCGAAAGGUGUGAGACGAGAUAAAAUUCCGAAGUUUAGAUCGAACUUGUUUUUAAAAAAGUAGAAAUUUGAGGCAAAAAUUCAUUGAACUAUAUUCAGCACCCCUCAUGAUGGCCUCUUGAUCAAAAGGGAGAGAAGCAAGGUUUUAGAUUCCAUAACACAAGAGCACCCACAUGGGUCCCCGUAAACUUACUUGUAACCUGUCGUACCAACGAGCUAGCUCGCCUUGGCUUUCUACAAUCAAUAGUUCCUUAACGACACCAGAACACUUUCAAACCCAAGACUGAGCCCAAGCCAUUCAGGUUCGCCCAAAGACUGACCCAACAUUUCGGCACAAACGUGCAUGUGGUUUGUGAAAUAAUCUUGAGAGAUUUAAACGAUCUGUGAAUAUGAUUUAAAUGGCAGAAGCACGCGGUAUCAAAGCAAACAGCUUCGAUAUUCUGUUCAAUCCUUCGGGCAAGAACUCGGUCGUAGCGCACAACAAUGAUCGACUAAUUCUUACCCCGGAGACUCUCAAAUAUAAUCUGCAAUGUUUCCAAGGCCCUGUGCAUACCACCAUCAACCACCACAAUCAUCAUUACUACCCAUACCCGAAUCAAGUUGGCCCGUUGCCCCCUCCGAAGAUCGUCAAACGAGGAAAUUGGGUAGCCAACCCUCCUAAAGAUGUUGGAUCUAAGGACCAAAAGAAAUCAUCCGCUAGAGGGAGAUGGUAUUCGGACACGUGUGUUUUCAUGCUCUGCAUUGUUUUCCUCACCUUGGCUGUUCUCAUUCUGGUUAUCAUACUGCUGCUUCGAGAAUUCCAGGAUCGGUCCCAAUCACGUCCUUGCUCCCAGGCAGAUAUUCAGUGCCAAACCUUGAGCGUUAGAAUGGAAUGCGGAUUGGCUAAUCGCAAGACGAUGUAUACCCCCACACCAGCAUCCCAAACUUUGAGCGGACAGCUGACCCAGGGCGUUUUCACUUUGGAAAAAGUGGUGGGUGGGGAGGAGGUGGAAGUCAACGAGUACCCAUGGCAAGUGGCCUUGGAGCCGUUGCAGUCGGAGUCAUGGACGUACCGCCCAUUUUGCGGGGGAACCUUGAUGAACGACGAAUGGGUCAUGACGGCAGCACAUUGCUUCAAAGGGCAAAGAAUCUCACGAGUUCAAGUGGUGUUGGGGGAUCACGAUGUGACAAAUAUGACGGAAACAACGCGAGUGAUCCGGACCGUUCGCGAAUUGAUCAUACACCCAGACUACAGCGUGACCACCAAUGCGUACGACCUGGCUCUCCUUCGUCUGGAUGAUCCGAUCCCGUUCGAAUACGUUCCCAACGUUCGUCCGAUUUGCUUCCCGCUCCAGAUCCCAGAAAAUGGAGAGCAAGUGGUGGUGUCGGGAUGGGGCAAAACCAAUGUGUUUGAUGAGCUCACCUCCGACGUUCUACGCGAAGCCACCUUGACCGUGAUAGACAGUGACCAGUGCGAGGCCUUGUUGAGCCAAGAUAUUAAAUCCAGUAUGAUUUGCGCGGGGGAUCUCACCGGGGCCAGAGACUCGUGCAGUGGAGAUUCGGGAGGCCCACUGAUGCAACAGAAUGGCGUAAACUACGAAAUUGUGGGAGUGACUUCAUGGGGUAUUGGGUGUGGCCGAAAGAACUCCCCAGGCGUUUAUGCCAAUGUCAAAGGCGCAGAAAGUUGGUGGGCCCCGAUUAUAGGAACGGAAAGCGAGCUUCCAAGAUCCGAAACAGUUCCACUCAAAGCUUGGAAGGCGGCACAUUUGUUUCUCUUUGCGCUUAUAAUGACCAAGAUUCGAUGAAAUAAAGGUCUUUAUUCUAUUGUA